AUGCAGGCCGAGGACCUGGCGGACGUGCUGCGGGGCCUCGAAGAGGAGUUCGAGGCGGGUGAGAGGCUGGCCGACGAGCGGGCGUGGUGCGCGCCGGUGCCGCGGGAAAGGGAGGUCAGGACAGUGCGGAGGUUCUACCGGGCGUUCCACGACGCCGGCACGCUACCGACCGCGACGUGCACGCUAUGCUACCGGAAGCAGGCCAGGGUGGAGCUCAGGGAGAUGGCGUGGGAGGGCUGGUCGCGGCACGGCGCGGCGCAGGGAGGCGGGCGGUCGCCGUUCGGGUGCCGAAGCUGCUUCCCCGAGGGCGCGCCGGUGCCGGUGUGCGCCGAGUGCGCGCGGCGGGUCGGGCGCGACGGCGCAUCGGCGGCGAUGCACCUCCACCGGCGGCUCGGCUGCGAGCACGUCUACCCGGACGAGCUCAAGGGCCUGACGCCGGUCGAGGAGAAGCUGAUCGCGCUCAACUCAUGCUACGGCUUCGUGACGAAGUACAGCAUCCCCGGCGGCCAGAGGCAGGGCGUGAGGUACCCGAGGCACGUCAAGGGCCACAUCACGGUGUUCCCAAACGACGUCCAGGGGCUCGCGACCAAGGUGCUCCCGCACCCGCUGCUCCGGGUCAUGGACGAGAUCCACGUCUCGUGGCAGGGCGCCGAGAGGCCCGGGCCGCGGGACUUGUCCGGCCUGCUGUCUGUACGGCGGCGGCCGGUGGAAAGGGCGUUGGCGUGGCUUAAGGAGAAUAACCCGCACUAUAGCGAGGUCGAGGUCGACACGGCCGAGAUGGACAGCUGGGGGGAGCCGGCGCACGGGGUGCCGGCGGCGGUGUGGGAGCGGCUCGAGCACAACGAGCCGUCGGCGCGCGAGAGGACGCAGACGGCGCAGCUGGUGCCGCCGACGGAGCGGGCCAUGGACGACGAGGGCGUCGUCGAGAUCGAGGAGGUGCUUGCGAUGCUAAGGCAGGGCCGGGACCCCGCCGAGGGCCGGCCCGACCCCGGGCCUACGUACGAGGGGGCGGGUAACGGCGAGGAUCUAGAGGGCGCUAGGCCCGAAGAGGAGGGGGACAUAAUUAACGAGGUAACGUCGUCCGGCAUGUUCCCCCUCGACGGGGCGCCCGAGGUGGCGGACGCCGAUAAGAUCCGCUUCGCCCGCGAGGCUAUCGGGACCAUAGGCCCGAGGACAUGGGUCAACAUGGCGGCGGGAGGGGCGGCGGGAGGGGCGGCGAGGAGCAGCGGCCGUGGCGGCGACAGCGAGCCCUACAUACAGGUGCGGCGCGGAGACGAAUUUGCCGACUCGGCAGACGCGUCCUUCUUCGUCAGGGCCUUCCCGACCCUGUUGCCCUUUGGGCUAGGCGGGCCGAGGCUCGCCGACGAGGCCGCCGCGGGCGAGGGCGCGGCCGCGGCCGCCGGCCGGCGGGGCGGCGAGGCGGAGCGGGUCGCCGAGGGCCUCACGUCGACGCGGAACAUGAACCUACAAGCCUGGGCCGACGUCGUACUACGGCGCCACGGCGGGCGGUUCGCGACGCACCCCAUAUUCGCCUUCCUCGUCUUCAACAUGGGCGUACGGUCCAGGAAUCGCCAGGCUAGUAUGCUGGGCGUGACGAGGAAGAACUUUGCAAGGGUCGAGGGCCUGCUAAAGUCGUUAACGACGCAGAGACUCGAGGCGGCGAAGGUCGAGCUCGAGGCUACGGGCAAGACUAGCGACGACGGGGUGACGGAGCUCCUCCGGUCCCUCUCGGUGUUCGGGCACAGGCAGCCCAUGUCCAGGGAGAGCCGCCUAGGCAUGCGGAAGAAGAUACUCUCCCUUAUUAUUAGGUACGGGGUGCCGGUCAUCUGGUUCACGCUGAACCCGAACGACAUCACGAACCUAGUAAAGCUACGGCUGGCGGCGUACCGCGCCCGUGACCCCGACGCGGCCGAGGCCUUCCUAAGGGACCUCGGGAACGCGUAUAAGCGGACGCGGCUCGCCAUAUCGGACCCGAUGAGCUCGGCCGUCUUUUUCCACCGGGAGAUGACGCUCUUCUUCGAGCACUACGUCCGGACCGGGGAGGAGUCGGUGUUCGGGCACGUCGGGGCCUACUACGGGGCCGUGGAGACGAACGAGCGAGGUGCCCUCCACCUCCACGGGCUCCUCUGGCUAAGGGGCAACAGGGGCCUCGGCGAGGCGCUCGCGGGCGCCGACACGGAGGAGCAGGCGGCGUGCCGGAAGCGAAUCGCCCGCUACGUAGACAGCGUAUUCUCCGAGGAGCUAGACGCAGAAGGCUACUGCGCCGUGCAGGCGGAGAGGUCGGCGACGGCGGACAUAUCGUCGCGGCUCGACGACGUCGCGCGCUUCACAGACGCCUUCAACGAGGAGGCCAACUUCUGCGCGGGCGCGACGCAGGUCCACACGCACAGCGCGACCUGCGUAAAGUACUCGCUCGGCGGCGGGGCGCGCGAGGGGAACCUCUGCCGGUUCAAGGCGCCGUGGAGGCUGGUGGAGAGGACGGCGCUGACGACGGACGGGGUGCUCGAGGUCCGGCGCACGCAUAACAUGGUCAACCGGUGGAACAGGGCGAUGGCGGUCGGGCUGCGGCACAACCACGAUAUCUCGUUCAUCGCGACGCAGCGUAAGACUAUGGCCCUGAUCUACUACAUCACCAACUACGCGACCAAGGUCGAGGACCCGGCGUGGAAGCGGGUGGCCGCGGCGGCCGAGUUCCUCCCGACGCUAGAGGGGGAGCUAAUAGAAGAGAACAGCGGCAGGAGGAAUAAGACGAGGACGUUCCUACUCAAGGUAGCGAACCGGGUCUUCACAGAGCGGCCACUCUCGCAGGUUGAGGUAAUAGCCCACCUCCUAGGGUAUCCGGCGGAGUUCAGCAGCGGCUCGGCGUGGGCGUACGUCAAUGCGAACCAGCUCUACUGGGCCGUCUUCCGCCGGUGGAGGCAUCUCCAACGGGCAAGCGGCGCGGAGGCGACAGGCGACGCGCCGGACGAGACGGUCGUCGUGGAGGAGGCCGGGCCGAGAAUUCCCCUCGUCGAGGCCUACCGUCACAGGGGGGAGCUCCUACAACGGCUUUGCCUCUACGACUAUACGUCACUUAUAAGGCUGAGGCGGGCCGGCGGCAGCGCCGACAGCAGGGCGGGCUGGGGCGAGAUACCCUCGCAGAGGCUGCGCGGCAGGAAGGGCUGGGUGCAGGUGCUUAGGCGACCGGGCAAGGCGGCGACGGUGCGGCUAGACGGGUACCUAAGCAAGGAGUUCAGUAAGGAAGACGAGGAGUCAUGCCACCGAAGGGCGGCGGUGCAGCACCUUGCCCUAUUUAUACCAUGGGAGCGCGAUCGUCGCUCUCCCGAGGUCGCGCGGCUCGUAGACAACGUACAGCUCCUCCGGCGGUCAGCGGAGGACGCGAAGCGCGACGCCAAGCAGUGGGCCGCGACAGCCGAGGAAGACAGGUCGACAGCGCCACAGGCCGAAGACGAAGGUAGGGCCACGGGGAGCGGCGGCGAGGGGGCGUACCGCGGCGGCGGGGCGGGCGACACGGCCCGGCUCAUCGACGUGCAGCUCUGCCGGUUCCAGCAGCCCGGGCUCGAGUCAGCCGCCGAGCUCGCGGCGACGGUGGUAGCGGAGGAUGGGCCCGUGAGGCGAGUCAACCUACCGGGCUCGGCGCUCUCGGGGGCGGCGCUGCCGCGGCAGGAGGAGGUGCGGGCUAUUAAGUCGCAGCAGAGGAGCGCCGCGCGGGAGCGGGAGCGGGCCAUACAGGGCAUCCAGGGCUCACAAGGCGGCGGGGCGGCGGCAGGCGUCGGGGCGGACCGCGGCGCGGCCCUCCGCGGGGUCAUGGGGGGAUUCGGCGAGGACGACAUGGACGUGACGGCGGCCGACGGCGACCCAGACGUAGGCACGGCGGCGGGGAUGCGCGUGCGGCUCGGCCCGUCGAGCUCGUUCCUCGCCGCCGGCCGGGAGCUGGCCAAGGAACUGACGCUGAACGAGAAGCAGUCAAUUGCCCUCCUCAUCUCGCGCGUCAUAGAGGCGCUCGUCGAGCUGCUCGCCCGGAGGGAGCUCUCGAGCCGGAUGCUCGUGACGGCGACGUCGGGCACGGCUGCGGCGCGGAUCAACGGCAUCACCCUCCACUCGGCCUGCGGCCUCACGGUCGGCCAGGCGGGAGGGGCGACAAGGGAGCUGGACGGGGUGCGGCUGCCGGGCGCGGGCGAGCGCUUCGUCGACGGCCGGUCGCGCAUGGACUGGCGGGAGAAGGAGGUACUCGUAAUCGACGAGGUCAGCAUGCUCGGGGCGCGGACGCUGCACGCGGCCAACGAGCAGCUCCGCCGGCUGCGGGGGUCGGCGCGAGACUUCGGCGGGAUCCCGGUAGUGAUCCUCUGCGGCGACUUCCACCAGUUCCGGCCGGUGCAGGAGCGGUCGAUCCUGCUGCCGAGCGCGGCGGUGUCGUGGGACGAGGACAGGGCGUUCGCGGCCGAGCAGCGGCGGCAGCACGACGAGGCGCACGCGCUGUGGCGGCGCUUCACAACGGUCGUCAUGCUCGACGAGCAGAUGCGGGCCGCCGGCGACCCAGAGCUGCGGCGGCUGCUCGGGCGGAUCCGCCGCGGCGAGCAGGACCGGCGGAUCGCGUGGGAGACGGGCGUGACGGUGGUCACGCCUCUCAACCGCAACCGCUGGAACCUCAACCUCGAGGCGGCGCUCGCGUUCCGGGCGCUGCGGCGGACGGCGGCGCGCGUCUUCCUCUCCGAGCACAAGUGGAAGGACGGCGAGCCGACUGAGGAGGAGGCGGUGCUGAUGCUCGGCCAGGGCGACGACAGCGCGACGCCGGUGCCGGCCGUCUUCGUCUUCGUGCCCGGCAUGCCGGUCGUCGUGAACCAGAACACGCACCAGGGGCUGAAGGUGGUGAACGGGGCCGGCUACACGGCGGUGGCCGUGAUCCCCGACCGGGCCUUCCCCGGCCACCGGGUGUCGGCGGAGCUGACGCUGCACUUCGGGCCGCCGGCGGGCAUCGUGCUGGCGUCGGAGACGACCCGGGACCUCCACUUCCGCAACGACGUGAGCCGGCGGGGCCUGCCGUGCGCGGCGGCCUUCGCCUGCACCGACUACAAGGUGCAGGGCGGGACGCUGGAGCGUGUGGCGCUGGAGCUGAGGGGGGCGAGGACGACGACGGUCGAGGGGCGGGCGGUGCCGUCGCCGUGCGACCCGUACAGCCUAUACGUGCAGCUGUCUCGGUGCCCGACGCUCGACGGCAUCAUGCUCGUGUCGGAGGUGCGGGAGCGGGACCUGGUGGGGAACCGGGUGCCCGAGGAGAUGACGGCGGCCCAGGCCCGACUGGAGGAGCUGAGCGGGUGGACGGCGCGGGAGGCGGCCGGCUGGCUCCGCGGGUAA